AUGAAUACUUUAAAGCUGAAUAAUUUAAAUCUUUCUAAUCCUAUAAUUAUUGCGAUUCUAGGCACAGGAUUUAAAAGGGAUAUUGCUUUUCUUGUGGAUGGUUCAGACAGUACAAGAAGAGGAUUUCCAGAAAUACGUGAUUUUCUGUAUAACAUUAUCACAAAUGUUAAUGUGGGAAUUGAUAACGAUAGAAUCUCAAUAAUUCAAUACAGCAAUGUGGCUGUGGCAAAUUUUUAUUUCAAUUCAUUCUUAAGAAAGGAAGAUGUAUUGAAUGCAGUAAAAGUGCUUAGCCAUAAAGGUGGAAGGCCCUUAAACACAGGAUUUGCACUUCAAUACGUAAAGGAACAUAUCUUUAUAAGCGCCUCAGGGAGCAGGCACAAAGAAGGUACCCCUCAAAUAUUAAUUCUUUUGACGAGUGGAAAGUCCAGGGACAGAAUUUCUGAAGCAGCCUUUGCUCUUAAAAAAAAUGGGGUAAUCAUAUAUGGAAUAGGAGGAAAGUACUCAGACUCUGAUGAAUUACAGACAAUUUCUUCUGAAAAUAAUGUGCUCUCAUUGGCUGACUUCAGUGAAUUACCAAAAAUUCAAGUACAGCUACUGGAAGCAAUGAAAUCUAAUCCAAGUUACAACAAAACUGAAUUGAUAGGUAAGUGUAAUACUAAUUACAUCAAAGGUUAUGUAUUGUGCUCCCCUAUUUCACUGUUCCAUGUUUGUUUCAUAGCUGAGGGUGAUAGAAAGAGGAGAGAUGUUGUCUUCCUGCUGGAUGGAUCAGAUGGCUCUAGGAAUGGGUUCCUUGCAAUGAAAGAAUUUGUGCAAAGAAUGGUGGAGAAAUUGGAAGUAGCUGAGAACAGAGAUCACGUUUCUGUGGUCCAGUACAGCAGAGACCCAGAGGCCCAUUUCUAUCUAAACACGUACAAGACAAAGGAAGAAAUUCUUGACAGUGUCAGAGGUCUGCGGCACAAAGGAGGCAGACCCCUCUACACGGGGGGAGCGCUCCAGUACGUCAUAGACAAUGUCUUUACUGCCUCCUCCGGCAGCAGACGGUUGGAGGGUGUGCCGCAGAUACUGGUUUUGCUUAGCGGGGGAAGGUCAUUUGACAGUAUUGAGGCAGCAGCCUCCUCUCUGAAAGAGCUUGGCAUCUUGACUUUUGGAAUAGGAUCGAGGGGCUCUGAUAGCAGAGAAUUGCAGAGAAUUUCAUACGACCCCAAUUAUGCUCUGUCCGUGUCCGACUUCAGUGAGCUUCCAAAUGUCCAAGAGCAGCUGCUUGCCUCUGUCAAGACUGUUUCAAUUCCCAUCACUCCAACUUCACAGACUGUUACCGCUGAUUACUUCACACCCAGAAAGGACAUAGUGUUUCUGCUGGACGGUUCAGAUGGCACUAGGAAUUCUUUCCCAGCUAUGCGUGAUUUCGUGCAGAGAGUAGUGGAGCGACACACCAUAGAGGCAAACAGAGACCGUGUUUCUGUGGUGCAGUACAGUAGAGAAGCCGAGGUCCAUUUCUAUCUAAAUAGCUACACGACAAAGGAAGAGGUUCUUGACCGUGUCAGAGGUCUGAGACACAAAGGAGGUAGACCCCUCUACACGGGGGCAGCUCUCCAGUACGUCAGAGACAAUGUAUUUACUGCCCCCUCCGGCAGCAGACGGUUGGAGGGUGUGCCGCAGAUACUGAUCUUGCUUAGCGGGGGAAGGUCAUUUGACAGUGUUGAGGCAGCAGCCUCCUCUCUGAAAGAGCUUGGCGUCUUGACCUUUGGAAUUGGAUCGAGGGGCUCUGAUAGCAGAGAACUGCAGAGAAUCUCAUACGACCCCAAUUAUGCUCUUUCCGUGUCCGACUUCAGUGAGCUUCCAAAUGUCCAAGAGCAGCUGCUGGCCUCUGUCCAGGCUGUUGCAAUGCCCAUCACUCCAACUUCACCGACUCUCACUGCUGAUGACGCCAUACCCAGAAAGGACGUGGUGUUUUUGCUGGACGGUUCAGAUGGCACUAGAAAUACAUUCCCAGCAAUGCGUGAUUUUGUGCAAAGAGUAGUGGAGCAAUUCAACAUAGAGGCAAACAGAGACCGUGUUUCUGUGGUGCAGUACAGUAGAGACGCUGAGGUCAAUUUCUAUCUGAAUACCUACGCAACAAAAAGGGAGGUCCUGAACACUGUCAGAGGUCUGAGGCAUAGAGGAGGGAGACCCCUCAACACGGGGGCAGCUCUCCAGUACGUGAGGGACAAUGUCUUCACCGCCUCUGCGGGGAGUAGAAAGCAAGAGGGUGUCCCUCAGAUACUUAUCCUCCUCAGUGGAGGACGGUCAAGCGAUAACAUAGAUACACCUGCCUCCUCCCUAAAAGAGAGCGGAAUCUUGAUUUUUGGCAUCGGCACCAGAAAUUCGAGCAGAGAGGUGCAGAGAAUUGCCAACGACCCUACCUAUGCACAGCCCGUCAAUGAAUUAUCUGACCUUCCCAGUGUCCAGCAGCAGUUUAUCAGCUCCCUCAACAAUGUGCUUGUACAAGUCAAGCCGAUGACACCUACUGUGGCGGCUGAGCGAAGGAUGGCCAGGAGGGAUGUAGUGUUCCUGCUGGAUGGCUCAGAUGGCACAAGGAGCUCUUUCCCUGCAAUGCGUGACUUUGUUGAGAGGAUGGUGGAGAGACUGAACGUGUCUGAGAAAAGAGACCAUGUGUCUGUGGUCCAGUACAGCAGAGAUCCAGAGGCCCAUUUCUAUCUUAACACAUACUCGAGGAAGGAGGACGUGCUUGACACGCUCAGGGGUCUGAGGCACAAAGGAGGGAGACCCCUCAACACAGGGGCAGCUCUGCAGUACGUGAGGGACAGUGUCUUCACUGCCUCCUCUGGAAGCAGACUUGUAGAAGGUGUGCCUCAGUUGCUGAUUCUGCUGAGUGGUGGAAAGUCAUUUGAUAAUGUUGACACACCAGCCUCAUCCCUGAAAGAGCUGGGAGUACUUAUCUUUGCGAUAGGGUCGAGGAUCUCAGACAGCAGGGAACUCCAGAAGAUCUCCAAUGAGCCUAGUUAUGCACUCUCAGUGAGUGACUUUGCUGACCUUCCCAGUGUCCAACAGCAGCUUCUCACCAACAUUGACACGGUCUUUGUAGAGGGAACGUCUAUCACCACCACGACGAUAGCUGAGGGCCGUAGACAGAGGAGAGAUGUUGUCUUCCUGCUGGAUGGAUCGGAUGCCACUAGGAAUGGGUUCCCAGCAAUGAAAGAAUUUGUGCAAAGAAUGGUGGAGAAAUUGGAAGUAGCUGAGAACAGAGAUCACGUUUCUGUGGUCCAGUACAGUAGAGACCCAGAGGCCCAUUUCUAUCUAAACACGUACAAGACAAAGGAAGAAAUUCUUGACAGUGUCAGAGGUCUGCGGCACAAAGGAGGCAGACCCCUCUACACGGGGGCAGCGCUCCAGUACGUCAUAGACAGUGUCUUUACUGCCUCCUCCGGCAGCAGACGGUUGGAGGGUGUGCCGCAGAUACUGGUUUUGCUUAGCGGGGGAAGGUCAUUUGACAGUGUUGAGGCAGCAGCCUCCUCUCUGAAAGAGCUUGGCAUCUUGACUUUUGGAAUAGGAUCGAGGGGCUCUGAUAGUAGAGAAUUGCAGAGAAUUUCAUACGACCCCAAUUAUGCUCUGUCCGUGUCCGACUUCAGUGAGCUUCCAAAUGUCCAAGAGCAGCUGCUUGCCUCUGUCAAGGCUGUUUUAAUUCCCCUCACUCCAACUUCACAGACUGUUACCGGUUUAUGA